CUCAGCAGCUACGUCUAUCGCCUGUCUCGCAGCAGCGGCAGCAUUGUAGUAGUAAUCCGCCUGCCGCGCACAGAGCUCGCAGUUUGUGUCACGGUGCCACCGGGAUAGGGGCGACAGACUGCUGCGCGUCAGGGGACACCGACCAGUCACCAUCCGCACAGUUCAAGCGACAUCCCUCAGCGGGCAAUGACAUUGGCAAACUGAACGAGGAAUACACGAGAAAAACGCAAAAAUGACGGUGGACUUUGAAGAAUGUAUAAAAGAUUCCCCCCGAUUCAGGGCGGGAAUUGAUGAUGUGGAGACGGACGUGGUGGAGAUUGAGGCGAAGCUCGACAAGCUGGUGAAGCUGUGCAGUGGGAUGAUCGAGGCUGGCAGGGCCUACGUCAGCGCCAACAAGCUCUUUGUUAACGGCAUCAAGGACCUGUCCCAGCAGUGCAAGAAAGAGGAGACGAUAUCGGAAUGCCUUGAAAAGUGUGGAGAGAGCCUCCAGGAGAUUGUCAACUACCACAUGAUACUGUUUGACCAGGCUCAGAGGUCGAUCAAGCAGCAGCUGCACACCUUUAUUAAAGAGGAUGUGCGUAAAUUCAAGGACACCAAGAAGCAAUUUGACCGGGUGCGUGAGGACAUGGAGAUGGCCCAGGUGAAGAACGCCCAGGCACCCAGGAACAAAGUGCACGAGGCUGAAGAGGCCGCACAGGCCCUGGUCCUCAGCCGCAAAGCCUUCAGGCACCUGGCACUGGACUAUGUACUACAGAUCAAUGUGCUUCAGGCCAAGAAGAAGUUCGAAAUCCUGGAUGCAAUGCUGUCCUUCAUGCGCGCUCAGUACACUCUGUUCCAGCAGGGCUUCAACAUAUUGGAUGAGAUUGACCCCUAUAUGAAAAAACUGGCUGCACAGCUGGAUCAGCUGGUCAUCGACUCGGCCAUGGAGAAGAGGGAGCUGGAGCACAAACACGCCAUCAUCCAGCAGAGAACUCUGAUGCAGGACUUUUCCUAUGAUGACCCUAAGUUGGAGUUCAACGUGGACGCACCAAAUGGCGUGGUUAUGGAGGGCUACCUCUUCAAAAGGGCCAGCAACGCGUUCAAGACCUGGAACAGGCGGUGGUUUUCUAUACAAAACAGCCAACUGGUCUACCAGAAGAAACUCAAGGACUCUCUGACGGUGGUGGUGGAGGACCUGAGGCUAUGCUCUGUCAAACUGUGUGAAGAUAACGAGAGGAGGUUCUGCUUCGAGGUGGUUUCACCAACUAAGAGCUGCAUGCUGCAGGCUGAGUCUGAGAAGCUGCGGCAGGCUUGGAUCCAGGCUGUCCAGGCAAGCAUUGCCUCUGCUUACAAAGACAUCGCCGACAAUUAUUACAUUGAGCGUUUGGACCGGACAGCCUCGCCCUCCACCAGCAGCAUCGACUCUGCCAGCGAGCCCAGAGAGAGGGCUGACCGAGGGGUGCGGGGGGGCGGGGAGAGCCUCCUGCAGAGGGUCCAGAGCCUGCCUGGCAACGAUCUGUGCUGUGACUGCAGCCAAACAGCUCCCUGCUGGGCCUCCAUCAACCUGGGAGUGCUGCUCUGCAUCGAGUGCUCGGGGAUCCACAGGAGUUUAGGCGUCCAUUGCUCAAAAGUGCGUUCACUGACGUUAGACUCAUGGGAGCCAGAAUUACUCAAGCUGAUGUGUGAAUUGGGGAACACUGUGAUUAACCACAUCUAUGAGGGAUCCUGCGAGGAGAUGGGGGUUAAAAAACCUGGACCGUCCAGUACAAGGCAGGAGAAAGAGGCCUGGAUCAAGUCUAAGUACGUGGAAAAACGCUUCCUGAAGAAGAUGAGUGGGAGUGAGGCUCUGGUGGAGGGUGAAAGGAAGUCCCGUCCCUGGACAGUGAAGAAGUGCCGACGACACAACAGCUCUGUGCGGGCCCCCAACAAGGCCCGCAGGAAAUACCAUCGCUACGAGCCGGGCAGCGCCUCCCCUGCAAACCUCUCAGCAGCAGCUGCAGCAAAGUUUCGCCGGGACUCUCUGUUCUGUCCAGAUGAGCUGGAUUCACUAUUUUCCUACUUUGACACCGGCAAUGGUCCUCGCAGCCCCGCAGGUCUGAGCAGCGACAGCGGCCUGGGAGGAAGUACUGACGGCAGCACAGACAUCCUGGUAUUUGGCUCGGUGGUGGACAGCGUCACAGAAGAAGAGGAGGAGUCGGAGGAGUCCUCCAGUGGUGAGGUGGAGAUUGAACAGGAAGUAUCUUCAGACCCUGAAGACCCUAGGGAGCUCCAUCCGGGGGCGCUGCUCCACCGAUCCUCCCGUCUGCACAACCUGCCUCUCAUGGCGGAGGCCUUGGCGCACGGUGCCGACGUACACGCUGCCAAUGAGGAGGAGGGCAAAACGCCGCUCAUUCAGGCUGUGGUCGGGGGCUCUCUGAUCGCAUGUGAGUUCCUGCUACAGAACGGUGCCGAUGUGAACCAGCGGGACAUGAGGGGCAGAGGCCCGCUGCACCACGCCACCAACCUGGGACACACUGGUCAAGUGUGUCUGUUCCUGAAGAGAGGAGCGUCGCAAUCGGAGGUGGACGAGCAGGGUCACGACCCCCUCAGCAUCGCUGUGCAGGCGGCCAACGCAGACAUCGUCACCCUGUUGCGUCUAGCGCGGAUGAACGAGGAGAUGCGAGAGGCUGAGGCUCCUUUGGGUCAACCAGGUCAAUACCACAGCAGCAGCCCCACUGAGCAGCAGUAUAGGAAGUGCAUCCAGGAAUUCAUCUGUCUCACCAUAGAGGAGUGCUAGUGGUCACUUCCGUAUCGAGGAGCAAAGCUUGUGCUCUCUCUCUCUUUAUAUAAAUAUAUAUAUACAAAUGUUCCUCCUGAAUGAACUUAAAAUAACUGUGUAGAUGAGGUUGCCCCUAGACACUGAUCUCUAGUCUGUUACUUACGUAGAUCUGGGUCUACUGGGAACUUCUUUGGGGUUUUUGAGGAGAGAGGAGCAUACCACUUGCACAUUAUGGGGGUGCGUUGUGUCAUAGGGAGACCCCUGAUGGACCUUUUUAACUCUACUGACAAUACAACUCAAUUUUUCUGCAUCAACACUACUUUUCUGCUCGGCAACCGCCACGCUAUGCUAGCUUCACGACACGUACAAUGACAUCUGCUUUUUGGUGUUUUGCUAACUGGGUAAUCCUCUAACUUACCAUAACGUGGUGUUGUAACCUAUUGUGUGAGGGUGUGGGUUUACUGUUGCCUUACAGCUCUUACCUCUGCAUUACCCCCCAUACACUUUAUAUCUAUCCAGACCAUCUGUGUGACAUCCAAUUUACCAUACUCUUCUUAAUCCGAGAUGUACAUAUACGUAUUUAGAAAUUAUAUGGGUAAUCUUUAAACUAUGUGCUGUGGCAUGAGGUAAAAAAAACAUGGUAUUUGUUCCAUUACUAAGAAAAAAAAGAGUAACUGACACGUUGCAGUAGAGCUGGGCAGGGUAGUUUCCUGUGUAUAAAGAUGGAAGGGAAAUGUAAUGUAAAACUGUGACAAAAAUACUGAAGGGCUCGUGAAGAAGAGACCCUCGCCUGCUUUGUAAGAUACUAUGUGAGUGAGUGAGAGAAUGAGUGAGUGAGUGCAUGGGACAAGGAAUACUGAGAGAUAGAGUUAAAUAAUACGAUAGUAUGAUACAUUAUGUAAAGGAAAAAAAGAAACUGUGCACUUUUCCCAUCUACAGUAUUAUAAUUGUUUUAUUUUUCAUCCUAUUAGUUUUUACAUUGUAAUUGUCUCGUCAAGCUAUUCUAUAUCAAUUGUCUGUCUCUUUAUUUAUGUUUAUCUCCCCAGAGGACCAGUGCAAUGCAUUCUUGGAUGCAGUUUACGUCUGCAUUUCCGUUAAUGAUUGUCAUUUCAACCUGGAAGCAUUACUUAGAAUUUAUGACAGGAAGUCUUUAGAUAACAUCAUUGUAUAAUAACAAUAUACACUCAUUUUGCUUUCAUGUUCCCAACGGAACGGCCUUACAUUGCUAGGAUUAUUGGUAUUAAUACCCCUUAAAGAGAAUUCACUAGCAUAUUGGAAAUCUAGUAACAAUGAACCAUUUUAAAAAUGGAUUGCAGUCAUUUAUUCAUUGUUUUAUGUCAGGAUGAGAACUUGCUACCGUGAUGUGCAGACGAACCAGAGCAGCAAGAAGUGAUAGUGUAUAAAACUGGAUUUACUUCUCACCCUAAGAGACAAAGGAGACUCAUGACACCUCCAUUAUGUUCUAAGUACUCAUCCAUGUUACCGUAUCUGUGAUGAGAUAAAGGAGCACAUUUCUUUAAUACAGUUUAGACACUUGUGGGGUCAAAUGACUUAUACAUCUGGCUUAUUUCUGCAGUGUUCCCUGCAUGCUUUGCCAGAAUUUCUUUAUGGGGAAAAGUUCAACAUCGUUUGCAUUCUGAGCAUGAUUAAAUACGUUUCGUAUGGUCGGAUCACGUCGUGCAGUGCAGUCCUGUGGAAUGAGCAUGUACCACCAAGACCCCUCUGGUGUCAGAAAUAUCUUACUCUAUGCACCUCUGUGCAAUUCUUCCAUCCACGGACCCAAUCUGUGGUGACUUCCUCAUUCCUGUCUUUUUGUUUUGUUUGUUUCACCAUAAGCUUACCAACAAUAAUGAAUUGUUUUUUAAUGUUGUGGUUUAUUUUCCUCAGCCAAAGACUUUUUAAAGGGAAAGUGUCUGAUAUUGUUGUAUUAUAUAACCGUCUUUUUGUUUUUAAACUGAAACUGUUCAGAGUAGAAACAGCAUUGUCUUACCAUGCUUUGUGAAGUGACAGAGUGGUAGAAACACUGUUAGUGUACUCACAUGUUGAAAAGAGGUUACAGAAAUAAUGUGACAGACCUGAGGGAUUUUGAUAUGGCAGGUGAUGUACUGCGAGUAGAACCAGUCUAGGGGUUGAUGUGAAGCUACUGUGACCAAACCGUUAGGGGCUCUAGCGGAAGUGUUAAAUGUUGUGUCCAUUGUGUGUAUUGACGUAGGAGUGGUUAAAGAUGCUGUUCAAAGCAAAUUGCUGUAAAUAGUACACUUGUGUAUUUUAACUUGAUGCCAACCUCCUGCCUCUCAGCAUUCAAUCAUGGAUCCUGAUCUGGUUUUAUGUGUGUCUUUUUAUUCUCUUCUAAAAAAAAUCUACCUGUCAAGCAACACUGUACCACAGUUCUGCUUGGAGGCGUUCUUCUGUUUACUGAUAUUUGGAUAUCUUUGGAAUACUUUCUUCCUUGUCUUUAGAAGCACUGAGGGGAAAAAAGAAAACAUACAAUAAAACUGAGAAACUCUUGAUGAACUAA